AACAUAAGAUAACUAAUUUUGAGAUUAGUAAUUCCGGAUAAUUUGUUUUCCAACGAAACAACCCCUAAAGGAUAACAAAUGGAGCUUAGUCGCAAUAUAAAUACGCUGAUAGUCAACUCCAUCUCCACCACUCAUAUACACGUUUCCCUCCACUUUACCACUUCCCAAAUUCUCAAAAAAUCUCGGCACAAUUCCCAAUAACUCCGGCGAGAACCACCGGGAAAUAUGCCCGCCGUAAUGAAAGUCAACGCCUUCGCCGGAGCUGGAGCUAAGUACUCGAAGGUUUUAGGUUUGGUUGCUAUUUUAGUAUUCAGUUUCGUCGGAGAAAUCUCGGCGUUAUCGGUGACGGUAAAUGACGUGGAGUGUGUUCAGGAAUACGUGUUGUAUGAAGGCGAUACGAUUUCGGGGAACUUCGUUGUUGUAGAUCAUGAUAUUUUCUGGAACUCGGAUCAUCCCGGCAUUGAUUUCACUGUGACAUCACCUGCAGGAAAUGUCGUGCACACGAUGAAGGGAUCAGCAGGUGAUAAAUUUGAAUUCAAGGCCCCAAAGAGUGGGAUGUUCAAUUUCUGUUUUCGUAAUCCACAUUCAUCGCCAGAAACAGUAUCGUUCUACAUACAUAUUGGACACAUUACCAAUGAACAUGACCUUGCCAAAGAUGAACAUUUGGACCCCAUCAGUGUCAAAAUCGCUGAACUAAGAGAGGCAUUGGAGUCAGUUACAGCAGAACAGAAUUACUUGAAAGCACGUGAUUCUCGUCAUCGUCAUACUAAUCAGAGCACACGGAACCGUGUUAUAUUCUACACCGUUGCAGAGUAUCUUCUGCUAAUAUUAGCAAGUGGACUUCAAGCGAUGUACAUUCGAAGCUUAUUCACUAAGUCCAUCGGUUAUAAUCGUAUCUGAUGACGAACGUUGCAUGUCCUUUCCCCGGCUUCGUCGUAUGCUGAACUUGACUAGUUGUAUUACCAGAUUUUAAGUUUCUCAAUAUGAUGUAUGAUUGUAUGUACAUUCUAAAUGUACUUUGGAGUUUGGAUCUAGUUCUCAAUAAAAGAAAUUGAUUUAUUGUUCU